AUGGCACUCGUUGACUACUCCUCCGACUCGAGCGUCGUCACAGCCGAUUCUGAGAUCGCCCCUCCUCCGGCCAAGAAACAGAGAUCCGGUGGCGGGCCCGAUGGCAAAGUGGGCGAAGCAUCCCAUCCGACUGCCUCAGAUCUGCCACCUCUUCCCGAAUCAUUUCACGAUCUCUAUGCCUCCAGUGUGCGCCAGAGGCAUCCUACUAUAGAGCAACAUGCACUCUUGGUUGAGUUUCUUGACGCUGCCCAAAAGCAGCUCGGCACCACUCACAGGCUGCAUUCUUUCCUGACCUCGGAUCUGAACGCCCCCUUGCCACUUCACAUCUCGCUCUCGAAAUCCCUGUCACUGACCACCGCCAACAAGGAUGGCUUCCUAGACGCGCUCACCUCGUCCCUGCGUACCACCUCGGCCGCUGUCAAAGGACCCUUUGCGGUCUCUCCCAGCGGUCUCGCCUUCUACAAGUCUCCUGACUCGGACCGCGCCUUCCUUGUUCUUCGUGUGGCCGACCCCAAGGCCAAGCCUCCCAUUCCCGGUACGAGCGCCAACCCCCAGCUGCGCGAGCUUCUCCGUCGAUGCAACAUCGUGGCCUCUUCCCGCGGGCUACCCACGCUGUACGCGUCCAGAGACCAAGUCGAAGCCGCCAGUGAGGGGAAAGCUGACGCCGAGACGGACGCCCUUGUCGACCAUGCCUUCCAUGUGAGCAUCGCCUGGACGUUCGCCCUACCCGAUGAGGAGAUGUGUAUACGGACGUAUCGCAUCUUCCGCGCGCCCUCGUUCAAGAAGCUUCGGAACUGGGAGGUGCGCGUUUCGGGCGUCAAGGUGAAGAUUGGCAACGUCGUGACGCAUCUUCUUCUUGGCAAUGGCAAGGUAGCCGGAGGUGGUCGUGGCAGCAGGGAGAGCAGUCGCAGCGCGAGGAGUCCGACGGGAGACGAUUCUCCAUAUUGA